AUGGAGUCCUUCCUAGUAAGGAAGAAGCGCAAGCUGAGUCCGGCCAUGGAAAAACAGGCUGACGACGACGAGCCCACAGAGGUGAAGCUGGCAAUUCUCUCAUCGCUUCACCCAAACAUUGACCAAGAAGUGCUGUUGGACGUCCUUUUGGCGCAUAACGGCUCGGUUGCAGAGUCGCUCAAAGCUCUACAAACAUCAAGCCUCCCGAAGAAGACCAGUGGAGCCACUGGCGCUCAAAGCUCUCUGCGACAUUUUGCCAUGAAGUCUAGAGACGGCGACGCGGGGUCGGGUUUGCCGGGCAAGAAGAAACUCAUGUCCAGGAAGGGGGCCACUCUUCACUUGUACGACCCAGUAGACAUCGCCGAGCAUACGCCAUGUACCGUGAUCCACGGCUUCCUUUCGCCGGAGGAAGCAGACGACCUCCUGCGCGAGCUCAUGACGGAGGCCGAGUCCUUCGAGAAGAAUGCGACGUUCAAACUGUUCGACAACGUCGUGGCCAGCCCGCACACGUCGAGCUUCUAUGUGGAGAGCUACGACGAGAUCCAGGCGCAAAAGACCGACUAUCUCUACAACGGCGCCAAGCUCAGCGACGUCCGCCGCAUCACGCCGCAGCUCGUCAAGGUCAAGCCCAGAGUCGCCGAGGCUGUGAACAGGGAGAUACAGACGAGGAUCAGGACUCGCUACCCUGGAGGGAAGAAACUACGGUUUCAGUCCCCCAAGCCGUGGGCUCCCAACUCGGCCUUCGUCAAUUGCUACGACGGACCACAUGAGAACGUCGGGUGGCACAGCGAUCAGCUGACCUACCUUGGUCCCCGCGCCGUCAUUGGGUCGAUAUCUCUGGGCGUCGCACGAGAGUUCCGCGUACGACGGAUCGUUCCCAAGGACGGAGACGGCGGUGGCGGCAGCAGCAACUCGACCGAGGACGCCGACGCCGAGGGUCAGAUUUCAAUCCAUCUACCGCACAACUCGCUGCUUGUCAUGCACGCAGAGAUGCAGGAGGAGUGGAAGCACAGCAUCGCGCCAGCGCAGUCGAUCGGCCCGCACCCGGUCGCCGGUAACAAGCGCAUCAACAUCACCUACCGCGACUACAGGGCCGAGAUGCACCCGCGGCACACCCCAAAAUGCGACUGCGGAAUUCCGUGCGUAUUAAGGGUCGUGCAGCGGAAGAAGGAGAACCAUGGGAAGUACUUCUGGAUGUGCCACGGAGGCAAUGUGCCCGGCAAAGAUAGUUGCUCGUUCUUCCUGUGGGGCCGGUUCGACGAUGACGGCAAUCCUAUCUGGACCCAUACGAAUCGAAAACCUAAAGCUUGA